AUGUCCGACCCAGCGCGCCCCAAGCUCGGCGCCAGAAAGUCCAACAGAGGCUCCAGCGAGCGUUUCCAGUUUCUACGGCCUCGCUCGCCUCUGUCGACACAACCUCCAUCUCGGAACCGCCACGGCGGCAAUGGGGCCUCCCAGGCAGACUCAGAGUCCGACUCGGACGACCAGGAGCCCGUUGAGGGCCCCGUGGCCGCACGUCCCUCGGGAAACCGGUCCCUGCCCUCGUUCGCCCGCGCAUCUCACCCCGACUAUUCGUCUAGGCAGCGGGACAUAGAAGAAGAUGCUAUAGAUACCAUCCGAGUCAAUAGCGGCAACACCAUGGAACCAGACGAAGAAGAAGAAGAAGAGGAAGAAAAAGAGGCAACAGAAAAGGAGCAAGAGCCAGCACUCGAGCAGGCUCAUCAGGAUUACGAUGACACCCUAGAUGCCACCAAGGAGGAUGCUGGACCGGGCUCACGCGAAAGCCCCACGCAGUCGGGCCUUCCUCGCGAUGCUCCUGAGGCCGGCAGCCAAUCGUCGGACGACGACGAAAAAGGUGACCCCAAGAGCUCGGGGCAGAACUCGUACACCCACGUCGACUCGCACCCUGACCCGUUCAAUAGCGCUUCGUCCAUCCGCGAUGAGGACAAGGAUGCCGAUAACUUGUCGUCGGAUGAGGACAAAGUCGACAAUUUCAGGCGUUUCUUCCGCCGCCGGUCAACGGUUCGGCGUUCGUCGCACGAUUCCAGGCCUAGUGGUAUGCGCUCGCUGAAAGAAGAGGACGAAGAUGAAGAAAGUCAGGGUUUUUUUGACAAAUUUCUGCAGUAUACAGGCGGUGGCUUAACUCCAGGCCUGGCCAGAACAAGUACCCAGAAGUCUCGCCCCGACCAGGAACACGUUUCGGGCCAGGAAAAUUUGGACGCUCCGGUCGAUGCCGUUGAUGUGACUGACGCUGCCUACCAAAUUCUACAACAGCAUGGGGCAUCCAGCACUCGUCAUCCAGAGCUACUUGCUCAUGGUGCGUUGGGUAACAGCGACUUAGGUAAUGGUGGAAAUGAACUUCGUGAACCAUAUUUAGAGGCUGCCAGCAGCAGUAAUAACAUCUCCGAUGGUGAAACCAUGGUCCAAUCUGGCAAGGACAUGUUCUUUGCGCCGACGGUAGGCCAUUACGACGAUAUUGAUGGUGACGAUGGCUUUAAUCCUUUGAUGGAAGACGAAGCCUAUAUUGCACCACCUACUAGGGUUCGAGGGGGUGUUUUGGGCUCACUACUUAAACUAUAUCAGAACGAAGAGGACGCUGCGACUAGAUCCCAAGUGUCCCUUGAAACUACUCCGGAACCUGUGGAUUAUUACGAUAAUGAGUCUAUUCCACUAACGGGGAUUACCGAUGUUGGCUCAACUGCUCCAUCAGGCAAAAAGUCCAAAAAGAUUUCCUUUAACACUCCGUCAUUCUCGGGUAUGAAGGGUAAGGCCUCUAGCUUUUUGAGCUCUGAAAAUUUGCCAAAUAAUGGCAAAAUGCCAAAUUUCAAAGCUACAAGGCCUAAAAUGAAAAAUGUUAAAAGCGUUGCCAAACAGGCUAACAGAUUGCGCCGCAAACAAAAUGCGGAAGCUAGAAUUACGGUUCAUAUUGCUGCUUUGCUUCAAAGACAAAGAUUUAUACUGCGUAUGUGCAGAGCUUUGAUGCUUUACGGUGCCCCCACACAUCGUCUGGAGGAGUACAUGGUAAUGACCUCCAGGGUCUUGGAAAUUGAUGGACAAUUUUUGUAUGUCCCUGGAUGCAUGGUGGUCUCAUUUGGCGAUGCUACUACCAGGACUUCGGAAGUGCAGCUGGUAAGGUGCGCACAAGGUCUCAAUCUGUGGAAGCUUCAUCAAGUCCACGCUGUCUACAAGCGAGUAAUCCACGAUUUGAUGAGUGCUGAAGAGGCGAACGUAGCAAUUGAUCGGAUCAUGGCCGACGCCAAUCUGUACCCAGUGUGGGUUUGUGUGUUCCUGUACGGCUUUUGCUCUGCUAUGGUAACUCCUUUUGCCUUUGGUGGUGAUUGGAUCAACCUAGCAGUCUCAUUUAUCAUUGGCUCCUGCGUCGGCUGUCUGCAGUUUGUGGUGUCGCAAAGAUCCAGCUUGUAUUCCAAUGUCUUUGAGGUCACCGCCUCCAUUGUUGUCAGCUUCUGCAGCAGGGCGCUAGGUUCAAUUCCCAACAGUAAUAUAUGUUUUGGUGCAGCAGCUCAAGGAUCAUUAGCCUUGAUUUUACCAGGUUACAUUAUUCUCAGUGGGUCCCUUGAAUUGCAAAGCAGGAAUUUGGUGGCAGGCUCCGUGAGGAUGUUUUACGCUAUCAUCUAUUCCCUAUUUCUGGGGUUUGGGAUCACUCUAGGAGCUGCUCUUUUCGGCUGGAUCUUUGAGUCUGUCAUCGCCGCUUCUAAUGAAACUACUUGUGCGAAAAGCAUUGAUCCAAUCUAUAGGAUAAUCUUUGUGCCGGCGUUUUCAAUUGGUUUGGCGCUGAUCAACCAAGCUAGAUGGUCACAGAUACCUGUCAUGACCUUUAUUUCGUGCUGUGGGUACGGCGUAACAUACGCUUGUGGUUUGCAUUUCAAGAGUUCUACCGAAUUCAACGCUGCAAUCAGUGCUUUUGCUAUUGGAAUUCUUGGAAAUCUGUACUCGAGAAUCUGGAAGGGACUUGCUGUAUCAGCUAUGCUACCUGCGAUUUUCGUUCAGGUACCUUCUGGUGUUGCCUCGCAAAGCUCGUUGCUCGCUGGUAUUCAAAGUGCCAAUGCCAUUGUUAAUAAGGACAAUUCAACCACCGAGACCUCUGAUAUUUCAGGUUCCAUGUCUUUCGGGGUCACUAUGAUUCAGGUGUCCAUUGGUAUUUCCGUCGGUUUGUUUGCCUCGACAAUUUUUGUUUAUCCAUUUGGCAAGAAGAAGACCUCCUUGUUUACCCUCUAA